AUGCGUUUCUCAACCCUCAUCCUCCCCACCCUCGCCGGCCUCGCACUUGCCGCAGACCAAUCGACCAACCCUGCCGCCUCCGCAACAUCCGCCGUAGGAUCAGCUAUAUCUUCCAUCGCAUCUUUCAUGUCAUCUGAGUCCGCAAAGACGGAGGCGAAAACCACUGCCACUGGAGCGAAGUCGACCGACGCGACAUCAACGGGCGGAGCUGUUGCUAUCGGUGCUGGAGAAGCUGGGGGCGUUGUAGUCGCUGCUUUGGGGGUUAUUGCUUGGAUGUUAUAA